GCUUCCGUUCCUCUCUCUCUCUCUGGGUUUGCUAGUGGUGAACAGAGAGGUAGAAGCGACGAGGUCACUAGAGUGCUAUAUCCAUUUCUGCAAGUCUCAGUCGGAAAACAUCUGGAGCCUGGAAAGCAUGGAGAGCGAUUAGGAGCAAGGUGGGGUAGAGAGAUCCCUGGAAUAGGAAGCGAGUUCAAGGGCUAUUUCCGUCUCUCUCUUGGUCAGACUUGCAUAAAAGAGCGAUCGAUUUGGAAGGGAACUGUUGCAUCGCGUUGAAGAAGGCUUUGUUAUACGUCCGUGUGACGGAGGCAGAAGUAUUUCUGGGUCGCGGAGUUGAUGUGAGCGGGAAGAGAGGAAAGGAGAGGCAGUUAUCAUGGAUCGGGCGGCGGUAACCGUUGGGCCGGGGAUGGAUAUGCCGAUAAUGCAUGACAGCGAUCGAUACGAGCUGGUGAGGGAUAUUGGUGCUGGAAACUUCGGGAUCGCGCGGCUAAUGAGAGAUAAGCAGACCAUGGAGCUAGUGGCGGUCAAGUACAUAGAGAGGGGCGAGAAGAUAGAUGAAAAUGUCCGAAGGGAAAUCAUUAAUCACAGAUCUCUGAGGCAUCCAAACAUUGUUAGGUUUAAAGAGGUUAUCUUGACACCAACACAUCUGGCUAUUGUCAUGGAAUAUGCUUCUGGUGGUGAACUCUUCGAGCGCAUUUGCAAUGCUGGACGCUUCAGCGAGGAUGAGGCCCGCUUCUUCUUUCAACAACUCAUAUCUGGAGUCAGCUAUUGCCACUCCAUGCAAGUGUGCCACCGGGAUUUAAAACUAGAGAAUACCCUUUUAGAUGGAAGUGCUGCUCCACGGUUAAAGAUAUGUGAUUUUGGCUACUCUAAGUCUGCAGUAUUACACUCACAACCAAAAUCCACAGUUGGCACUCCUGCAUAUAUUGCUCCAGAAAUUUUACUCAAGAAGGAAUAUGAUGGCAAGAUAGCUGAUGUGUGGUCCUGUGGAGUCACACUUUUUGUAAUGCUGGUGGGUGCAUAUCCUUUUGAGGAUCCAGAGGAGCCAAAGAACUACCUGAAGACGAUACAGCGCAUAUUAGGAGUCCAAUAUUCAAUUCCAGACGAUGUUCCCAUAUCUCUUGAGUGCAGGCACUUAAUAUCAAGGAUAUUUGUGGCUGAUCCUGCUAUGAGGAUAACAAUACCAGAGAUAUACAACCACGAAUGGUUUUUAAAGAACCUUCCUAUAGAUCUAAUGGAUGAUAACGCAAUGAGUAGCCAGUACCAGGAGCCUGAUCAACCAAUGCAGAACAUCGACGUGAUAAUGCAGAUCAUUGCAGAAGCAACUAUUCCCGCUGCAGGAACUCAUUCUCUCAAUCCUCCUCUAUAUGACGGCUUUGACUUUGAUGACAUGGAAGAUUUUGAAUCUGAUCCAGAGCUUGAUGUCGAUAGCAGCGGAGAAAUAGUUUAUGCCAUGUAAUUUAUAAAGGCUUUCGUCUGGAACGGUUUUCUUAUUGCUUUUUAAAGUAGUUUUUUUAGUAAAAAAUUAAAUUUUUGUAUUAAAAAGUUGUUUUAAGAAACAAUAAGAAAGCCGUCCCAAACGAAACUUUAGACCUACAGGUGCUGCUACUUUGUUGAUUGUUGGCCCGAACUUAAGAGAUUUUGAGUUCAAGGAUUGGCAUAUUUGUGUGUAACUGUGCUUAACUUGGACCCUAAAAGAAAACUACUAACAACUUUAUGAUACUUGCUAGCUAUGUUUGUCUGUUGAUGUGAUAUUGGCUUCUUUGCCCCAUAUACCUUCUGGUUUGAACUA